CCUCAGCAUCAUGGCCGCCCUUAGACCCCUUAUGAAACCCAAGAUCGUCAAAAAGAGAGCCAAGAAGUUCAUCCGGCACCAGUCAGACCGAUAUGUCAAAAUUAAGUGUAACUGGCGGAAACCCAGAGGUAUUGACAACAGGGUUCGUAGAAGGUUCAAGGGCCAGAUCUUGAUGCCUAACAUUGGUUAUGGCAGCAACAAGAAAACAAAGCACAUGCUGCCCAGCGGCUUCCGGAAGUUCCUGGUCCACAACGUUAAAGAGCUGGAAGUGCUGCUGAUGUGCAACAAAUCCUACUGUGCUGAGAUCGCCCACAAUGUUUCCUCCAAGCACCGCAAAGCCAUUGUGGAAAGAGCUGCCUAGCUGGCCAUCAGAGUCACCAACCCCAAUGCCAGGCUGCGCAGUGAAGAAAAUGAGUAGACAGCUUAUGUGUACAUUUUGUGUUUAAAUAAAACUGGCAUCUUCCUUAAGGAAAAAAAAAUGGGGUCACAGUGGUCCUUUCCAAACCACUUUCAAGUAUUCCAUUGGAGCUGCCAGACCUCCACCUAGCAAUGGUCUGGUGCAGUGACACCUCCCAGAAGUUCCCCUUCUGGUGAGAGGCAAGCUUCCUGACAACACCACGCCGAACAUUUGAUUGGCCAAACCUGUUCUUGGAGCAUUUCACAAGCCUUCCUUUCUUGCACAAACUAGCUGAGCAUAAACGGGCCCCCUAGGGGACUUAGAACUAAAGCAAAUAUGAACAUCAAAGAACAAAGGAAAAUCCUUACUGCUGGCGGAAAUAUGAGGGUGCUUCACAAUACUAUUUCACAAGUCUUUUCUACAUGGACAUCAGUCACAGAGGUGGUUUGACAAACAUUCAUUGAGCAACAUGGCAAUAAUUUUAGAACACUUA